AUGGUCAUUGUGGAGGGAUCACCUGAAAGAAUAUCUAAUAAGAUUGAACAAGGUUUGCGCACGAUUUUACAUUCAAAAGUUGCUGAAUCAGCAUAUUUGCUUUUAGGAUUUAAUAGAGAAGCCCUCACAUCUUUAACAUUUGAAAUUUUUAAAUUUCCAGUUAGGAGAGAAAUCGAUGGGGUAACCGUUUUUGGAGGUACAAUUUUAUUAUCUCCCGCAUUAUUCAAAGAAUCAGAACUAUCAAAGUGCUUUUUAAAGGUCGUUUUUGUGCACGAAAUUGCACAUCUAUUAAGAAGAAGAACAAAUCCAGAAUGUUAUAAUGCAGAAAUAGCAACACCAACACAUGAGGGCAGUUUUUUCGGUGGAAUUCCAGGCUAUGGAGAUUAUCUCAAUAUCGAGUGGUGCACCAGCGAGGGAGGACAUCAAGUUGAAAACGCAUUAUUUGGCGCUUUUGUGACCGAAGUAGAUAAAAGGCAGAUUAAAUACAUUAAUGAUCCUAGCAACUGAAAAAUUGAUCUUCAAAUCUUUAAAUCAGAGUUGGCAAGAAAGAUUAAAAGCAAUUCAUUAAAAUACAAUCAUUGCAGAGGCAGCAAUGGUGUAUUUAAAGUUGAUAGACUACUUCACAAGAGUCAAAGGUAAAAAUUAAUUAGAAAAUUAGUAUAA